GAUCAGAAUUGAAGACUUCACUCUACUGCAAGUCUGUUUUUCCACGAUGUGCCUCCACACUCUGAUUCUGCUGUCCCUGUCAGCCAUGGCAUUGGGAGGGCACCCAUCCUCAUCCCCUGUGGUGAACACCAUUCAUGGCAAAGUCCUGGGGAAGUACAUCAGCUUAGAAGGAUUCACACAGCCUGUGGCCAUCUUCCUGGGAGUCCCCUUUGCCAAGCCCCCUCUUGGAUCUCUGAGGUUUGCUCCACCAGAGCCUGCAGAGCCCUGGAGCUUCGUGAAGAAUGCCACCUCCUACCCUCCUAUGUGCUCCCAAGAUGCAGUGUUAGGGCAGAUGGUCAAUGACCUUAUAACAAACCACAAGGAGAAAAUUCGUCUCCAGUUUUCAGAAGACUGCCUCUACCUGAAUGUUUACACUCCUAUUGACUUGAUGAAGACUAACAACAGGCUGCCAGUGAUGGUGUGGAUCCAUGGAGGUGGAAUGGUAGUGGGCGGGGCGUCUACUUAUGAUGGACGAGCCCUCUCAGCACAUGAAAAUGUGGUGGUGGUGACCAUUCAGUAUCGCCUUGGCAUCUGGGGAUACUUCAGCACUGGGGAUGAACACAGCCUGGGGAACUGGGGUCACUUGGACCAGGUGGCUGCAUUGCGUUGGAUCCAGGACAACAUUGCCAAUUUUGGAGGGGACCCAGGCUCUGUGACCAUCUUUGGACAGUCAGCAGGAGGUGAAAGUGUCUCUGUUCUUGUAUUGUCUCCUCUAGCCAGGAACCUCUUCCACAGAGCCAUUUCCCAGAGUGGUGUGGUCUUCACUUCUGGUUUGUUUAUGGAGGAUGCAAGUUCAGUGACUGAACAAGUUGCUGUUACUGCUGGCUGUAAGACUACCACGUCUGCUGUCAUUGUUCACUGCUUGCGCCAGAAGACAGAGGAGGAGCUCUUAGAAAUCACACAGAAAAUGAACUUUUUUAAACUUGAUGUACAAGGAGAUACCAAAAAGAACUAUCCUUUUAUACCCACCGUGCUUGAUGGAGUGGUGCUGCCAAAGGCACCAGAAGCGAUCCUGGCUGAGAAGAACUUCAACACUGUGCCUUACAUUGUGGGAAUCAACAAGCAAGAGUUUGGCUGGAUUCUGCCCACGAUAAUGGAAUUUCCACCAACUGACGUAAAACUGGACAAGAAGGUGGUCUCUCUGUUCCUGAGGAAGUUGACUUAUUUCUUUAACAUACCAGAGGAUGGAAUUCCAGUUGCCAUUGAGAAAUACUCAAGAGGCACAGAUGAUGCCAUCCAAAAUAGAGUCUGGCUCCUACAAUUGAUUGGGGAUGUGAUGUUUGGUAUACCAUCUGUGAUCGUGUCUCGUGGCCACAGAGAUGCUGGAGCCCCAAGCUACAUGUACGAAUUUCAGUCUCGCCCAAGGUUCUCAUCAGAAUUGAAACCCAAGAUACUGAUCGGAGACCAUGGAGAUGAAAUCUAUUCUGUCUUUGGUGCCCCAAUUUUAAGAGAGGGUGCCUCAGAAGAGGAGAUUAACCUCAGCAAGAUGAUGAUGAAAUUCUGGGCCAACUUUGCUCGGAAUGGGAAUCCCAAUGGUCAGGGGCUGCCCCAUUGGCCAGAGUAUGACCAGAAGGAAGGUUAUCUGCAGAUUGGAGCCACCAUCCAACAAGCCCAGGGUCUGAAAGAUAAGGAAGUGGCUUUCUGGACUGAACUCAGGGCCAAGAAACCACAACAGACAGGACACACUGAGCUAUGAAUGGGAAGCUCUGCCGGCCGGCCUCAAGAAACCAACAGAGUCAAGAUGAGGAUACUCUAUACAAGAUAUUUGUUGGCCAAAGAUAAAUUUUUGAAACAAUGGAAAAUUUUGUCAUAGUGAUGGGCAGAGGCAAGGGGGAGUGAAUUAUUGUUUCUCAGCUUGGGCAAUAAAUGUUAAUUUUUAGAUCAA